UAAUAACUGAAUGAUGAUUGAUCUCACUGCAGUAUUCAAAUACGCUUUUUAUGCAAGCAUGGUGAUUUUUAUUUCAUUAACAUUCACAAGCAUUCUCUUUGGUUAACCUGAUAAGCUAACUAAAGGAUUUGAUCCAGAUGGUAAUUUACAUAAAAUGUAAUUUAGGUAUUGCAUGUGGUGCUGAUUUUGGAUCAAAAGAAUAUCCCUAUAUUUAUUUUAGUAAUCCAACUCCUUCUACUCUUCAUUAAUAAGUUUGUGUAAAAUCCUGUCCAAAACCUGAUCAUAAGAACGGAAGUAUAUUUAUUAUAUACAAACCUUUUAGUGCCUAAAUAAUUAGAUUGUGUACCUAACUCUAUUGUCAAAAAUUGCUAAGCCAUAUUCUCCAUUGAUAAUCCUGAUUCUUAAUUUCUAAUUUAUGAUACUUUUCUUUAUAAAGGCAAUAUUUGUAUGCCGAGAAACUUAGCUUAUUAUGAGGCAAUCAAAGAAAUAGCUAAUCCUCCAUCAAGAUUAACAAAUACUAACGAUGUUUACUAAAAUAAAUGGAUGCUCAUUAUUUUUAUAAUCCUUGCUGGUAUAUCCUCUAGAAUUUUACUUACUUAAUUGAAGGCCAAUACAUAAUAUAGUGUUUGGGGUUUAACUUUUGGAUUAUUAGUAUUUGUGGGAAGUCUUGGAGUUAUUUUUGCAUCUUAAGCUAGAGAUGCUAUUGCAAACUCAUUAGAAACUAAUUCAAUAUCUUCAUUUUAAGUUGAUGAAGAAUAUAUAUUGAAAAUGACAAAUGUUCCUGAUCCAUCUAAAUUAGUCAUUCUAUCUCUCAUUUUUAUUAUACUGACAUUUUAUGGAGCCUAUUUUUUAUACCAUAAUUAUGAUCGAAUUAAAAUUCUAUCAGACUUAUUUGAAUAGGUUGAAAAAUUUAUGGCUGAUCAUGAAUACCUUUAAGAAUUCACUUAUCCAACUAUCAUAGUCUUAAAUUUCUUUUUAUUCUUAACUAUCUAUACAGUUUUGUAUAUACUUAUAUAUUUAAAAUAGAUCAUUAAGAGCCUGCUUUGUAAUCGAUUUCUAAUAGAUUGGACCCUUUGAAAAAAUCUAAGGAGGUGUUCUAUAUUAUUUUCAAUUCUUUAUUAUAUUUUUUUUCUUUUGGGGAGUCUAAAUUAUAUUUGGAUUGAAUAAUUAUAUGGUAUCCUCAUCCUUAGUAUAAUGGGUUUAAGUAGGUCAUAAUAAAAACAAUAAUUCAGAUCUCUAAUAUAAUCAUGAUAAAUCCUCACUUGUUUUAACUAGAUUCUUUUUACAAGAAUCUUUCUACAAUAUAGGUAAGAUUACUUAGGCUUCAUUUCUAUUGCUAAUAUCUCCAGUUAAAUUUUUAUGUGAUGCUUUUAAAGAUUGGGCUGUGAGAAGAAAAAAUCCAAAAUUUAGACUUUUCCUUACCAAAUAUUGUUGUUUACCCUUCAUUGCAAUAUACAACAAAACCAGAUAAAUUGAAGAAGUCAUUUAUAUUGAAUUGGCAAUUAAUAGAAAAUACAAUGUCACUAUAAAUGUGUGUUUAAAAUUUAUUGAUGAUUACUUAGAACUUUAAGAAGAAGAUUCAAGUACUGUUGAACUCUUUGAAUAAAUAAGUAAUUUGAAUGAAAUAACAAAAUAGGAAAUACUGUUGAUUCAUUUUUAUUGAUCACAAAAAUAUUUAUUGCACUUCUUUGUGCUAUAGUUUGUAAGGCAAUACUGAGUAUCAAGUAUAUGUCCAAAGAUAUGUAUGAAAGCAAUCUUACUUGUUUUAUUGCUGCAAUAAUAGGAUAUUAUGUAGCCUCACUGUAUUUCUAAAUCUAUUCAAUAUUUAUACAAGGUUUGGGGUACAUUUACUUAAGAACAAAAAUAAUAUGUUAAAAACGUAAUGAAAACAAUCAGUAGAAUAAGAGAGAUACAGCAUUUGAUGUUUUUAAAGGUCUUUUUAAGGUAUCUAGAAUGAUUUAAUAAAUAUAGGAAUUUUCAGAGAUAAUGGAUAGAUUUGAUGAGAAGCUAAAAGAAUAGAAAAUUGAACAACUUCCUUAAUGA